UGAAAAAUACGGAUAUGAUCCUGGCCUCUCCAUUACUUUUCAUACUUCCACUAAAUUUUUGUCUCUGUGCCGGAGAAGCAGCACUGCAGGAGAUACACCCCUCUGUUUUUCCGUUAGAAAACACAAUUCCUAAAGAGAGGCCCAAAUUUUAUAGCAACCCAAAACCAAAUACACUAUUUCCGUUUCCUCUCAACACCUGCGCAUUGAAAUAACGUUAGCGACUGACUGGGGAAACCCUCUUACCUGUCGGUGUCACUAUGAAUAUUGAUAACAGCACUUCACUAUUCCCUCUGUCGCAACUUAAUUUCUCUCGCCAAAUCAAGGGAAAUGAAACAGAGAUUAUCAUUUCCAGAUAUGACGAUCAUUUUCUGGUUAUUGCCACUCAAAUAGGAACCAUGGGGACAAUGUUGUAUGCUAGAAAGGAAGAAGGGGUGUCAAUUAAUCCGACAUUCAACGUUUCUGUUAUAUUUGGCAAACGGGAUGAGCCAAUGUUAAUAGCAUGUGCACGUCAGCUGAUUGAGCAUUUGAGUUUGUCUGGUUCCUCCAGGCCAUUGGUGCUCUCACUUGGUCUUAAAGAUCAUUCUGCGGAGACAUUGAAAGGCAUUGUUUCUGCAGUGAUCGACAAUAGCACGUGGUAAGAAAUUGCUGAUGAAAUGUCAAAUUUAAUAUAGUAUGCAGAACUGCCGCAUAGCUCAACCUUGUGGAGUUGCAGUGAUUUUUAAUUAGUGAAUGCUGACUAUUUUUUCUACCUUAUUAGUAUUUUCCAAAGUAAAUGCAACAGUGUAUUUCUGACUUUUGCACUUCAGAUUAGAGUACGUAAUUGACAUUUAUUACUGCAAGAUAAUCAGAUUUUCUACUGUUAGGUGUAACGGAUCGAAGUACUCAAUUAAUCAACUUUUCAUCUUAUGGUAUGCAAACUUGGGUUAAUAUUGUUUCCA